UGCGUGUUGGUGUACUUGAUAGCAUGGAAACGCAGCGCCUUAUAAACCGAUAUCUUGCCCCCCCUCAUCCCCAAGAAGCAAGCAGCUAGCCUGCGGGGAGCUUUCACGGAGAGCGAACUGGGUCGGCCUUAUCCGCCUCUGCCUUCUGUUUCUACACCUCUUUUUCUUCCCUCUCCUCCCUUUCUCCUUUAGGCCGCCCGCGGUCGCCUGCCAACGCCAUGCAUCAGCCGGAGAGUUCAGUCGACGCCACCAAAUUGGGUGUCGGCCGCUCCAUCGCGGUGCUCACCUCUGGGGGUGAUGCCCAGGGUAUGAACGCUGCCGUGAGGGCAACUGUCAGAGUCGGCCUCUACACCGGAGCCAAAGUCUACUUCAUCCAUGAGGGCUACCAGGGUCUGGUGGAUGGCGGGGACAACAUUCGACCUGCCACCUGGGAGAGCGUGUCCAUGAUGCUGCAGCUGGGUGGCACCGUCAUUGGCAGCGCCCGAUGCCAGGACUUCCGCACAAAGGAGGGGCGCACCAAAGCAGCCUUUAACCUGGUCAAGCUCGGCAUCACUAACCUGUGUGUCAUCGGAGGCGACGGCAGCUUGACCGGUGCCAACCAGUUCCGUACGGAGUGGAGUGAGCUGCUGGCCAUCCUGGUCAAAGCGGGUAAGAUCACUGUUGAAGAAGCCAAGGGCUCCUCUCACCUGAACAUAGUGGGCAUGGUGGGAUCCAUCGACAAUGACUUCUGCGGCACUGACAUGACCAUCGGCACUGACUCGGCCCUGCACCGCAUCAUGGAGGUGGUGGACGCCAUCACCACGACAGCGCAGAGUCACCAGCGGACAUUUAUCCUGGAAGUGAUGGGCCGGCACUGCGGGUACCUGGCCCUGGUGACUGCGCUGUCCUGUGGUGCUGACUGGGUCUUUAUUCCAGAGAUGCCUCCUGAGGAAGCCUGGGAAGAACACCUGUGUAGGAGACUGAUGGAGACCCGGGGGCGGGGCUCUCGUCUAAACGUCAUCAUAGUAGCAGAGGGGGCCAUGGACAGGAACGGCAAGCCGAUCACCUCCGACCUGGUCAAGGAUCUUGUAUCCAAGAGGCUUGGCUAUGACACUCGAGCCACCAUCCUCGGUCACGUCCAGAGAGGGGGCACUCCCUCUGCCUUCGACAGAAUCCUGGCCAGUAGGAUGGGAGUAGAGGCUGUGAUGGCUCUGUUGGAGGCCACCCCAGAGACCCCCGCCUGCGUUGUCAGUCUGUCAGGGAACAUGGCGGUCAGACUGCCACUGAUGGAGUGUGUGCAAGUGACUAAAGACGUCACUAAAGCCAUGGCAGAGGGUCGAUAUGAGGAUGCCAUCAAGCUCAGGGGAAAGAGCUUUCAAAAUAACUGGGACACCUACAAGAUGUUGGCUCACGUUCACCUUCCAGAGACAAAGAGCAACAUCAACAUUGGCAUCUUGAACGUCGGGGCGCCCUGCGCCGGCAUGAAUGCCGCGGUGCGCUCGGCCGUCAGGAUCGGCAUCAUCCAGGGCCACCAGAUGUUCGCAGUGCAUGAUGGGUUCGACGGGCUGGCUCACGGAAUGAUUGAGCCCAUUAACUGGGGUGGUGUCGGAGGCUGGACAGGGAAAGGAGGCUCAAUGCUCGGCACUAAAAGAGUACUUCCUGGAGACAUGGUGGAGGACAUCAGCCUGAACAUUGCUAAAUUCAACCUCCAUGGGCUGCUCAUCAUCGGAGGCUUUGAGGCAUUUGCUGGUGGGCUGGAGAUAGUGAAGGCCAGGGAGAAGUAUGAAGAGCUGUGUAUCCCCAUGGUUAUAAUCCCCGCCACUGUCUCCAACAACGUGCCCGGAUCUGACUUCAGCAUCGGCGCGGACACCGCCCUCAACACCAUUACCACAACCUGUGACCGGAUCAAACAGUCGGCUGCUGGCACCAAGCGCCGUGUGUUCAUCGUCGAGACCAUGGGUGGGUACUGUGGUUACCUGGCAACUAUGGCUGGCCUGUCCUCAGGGGCCGAUGCUGCCUACAUCUUUGAAGAUCCCUUCACCAUUCAUGACCUGGAGAUGAACGUGGUGCACUUAGUGGAGAAGAUGAAGACCACAGUGAAAAGAGGCUUGAUUCUCAGGAACGAGAGAUGCAAUCUCAACUACACCACCGACUUCAUCUUCAACCUGUACUCGGAGGAGGGGAAGGGCAUCUUCGACUGCCGCAAGAACGUUCUGGGACACAUGCAGCAGGGUGGAACCCCGACUCCGUUCGACAGGAAUUUUGGCACGAAAAUGGGGGCCAAGUCUGUCCUCUGGCUGACUGAGAAACUGAAGGAGUGCUACAGACACGGUCGCAUUUUUGCCAACACGCCAGAUUCUGCGUGUGUUCUGGGAAUGAAGAAGCGGGCGCUGAUGUUCCAGCCCCUCGAAGAGCUCAAGGAACAGACCGACUUUGAGCACCGCAUCCCCAAGAUUCAGUGGUGGCUGAGACUCCGGCCCAUCCUUAAGAUCCUGGCCAAAUACCAGAUCCCCCUGGACACGUCAGAGAAGGCCGCCAUGGAGCACAUCAUCAAGAAGAGAGGCUUAGUUUAAGGGCAUUGGGGAGAGGGAGGGGAGGAGACUCACUGGCACGCACGUGCAAGCAGGCGCACGCACGCACGCACACGCACGCACGCACACACAC